CUGUGGACCAACCUUUUUUAGUCUUGUUAAACGCAGUAGGGUGGCUAGAAAACAUUUGAAGUUUCAGCAUUGCAACCCUCAGAAAUUCAAUGCCAGAGCAUUGCCAAUAUUUUGCCGCUGGUACUCUAGUGACUGUACUCCAUUCAAGGACAACAAACAGAUUUGGACUGGAUCGGUGCCUACAAUAUCCAACAUGUCUUGGGAAUGCUACCAGAGGCUCUAUUUGCUUGUCACUGUUCUUUUAACUUUGAAUACUGGGACCCAUACCAGAGACUUCGCUUCAGAUAAUGGACAGUGGAAAGACUUUCAAGCAAACAAGAACAAGCUGCAGGAAGAAAACUUCCACGAGCCAAACCGAUGGAAACCUCCGGUUCGGCUUAAACCAUUUGAUGCGAGGCUGUUCUCUCGAUUUCGUAUCAAGGAAGAGGGCCCUCAAGAAGGGUCUGGGGUAAGUUCAGGAGAUGGGCCUAUUCCCCAGUGUGAUGACGAGGACAAUGACUGUGAGGAGGUCACGCAUGAAUCAGAGACCGGACUCAAAACGAGGCCCACUGCUAAGGUCAUUUCAAAAUUAGAAAGACCUACUAGUAAAUCUAAAGUUGAUUUAGUGCUAGCGAAUUCGACUACUAACAAUAAUUUACAUACAACGAUGUGGCCAUUGCGGUACACAGAAAUAUCUUCAAAUUCAACGAGAGUUUUGGCAUCCACAGUAUUAGUAAGUGAGCCUGCAAAGAUCGCUAAUCAUACAAAAAAUAGCUUAGUGUUUGUAACAAAGAGUUCUUCGAUGAAAAAAAAUAUCUCACUGGCAUCACAACCUACUGUUAAAAGAACUCCUUUGACUACGAAGAAACUAAAGUUAUACCCAACCAUGGCUAUACAAGACUCGAAUGUUACGACAAAAAACGUGAAUUCACUUUUGGAUAUCAAUCAUGUUGCAACUACGAAGGUUCGACAAACAAUGCCUGUCUUUUUGGAGAAGUUGUCAGCCUCUAAGACAGUACCAAAUGGUGGUUUAACAGAAACGACUAUUGCUGAAACUUCGGCUGUUUAUAAAACAAAACCUGUAUCUUCUUAUUUUGGUAAAUUAAGCAAAAGCAGUUUUUUAACAAAAUAUAUAACUGCUACACCAUCCUUCGAUCCUCAGCUGGUACAGUUUACAAAAGCUAUGGCCUUCCCCAAUCUACCAAAUAGUACCUUCUCUUCUACUUCAAGUUAUUUAGAGAAAGUUGAUUACAGGACUAAAGAUAUCGAGUUAAAUUAUACGAUGCAAAACAACGAUCUGUCGAUGAUUAUUGAAAUGCCUGACAAAAAUCCGAGCAGAACUGACCAAAUGCAGGAAACAUCACGAAAACCAACCAUAUUUACUUCAUUCACCCAACCAAACAGCAUUGUAAGUAGAAGCACAGCAGUACCUGAGUUGAAUUCAUCGAGUGCGUUAAACUCAGAUGUGAAGCAAACUGAGAUUGUAGAUGGAACAGAUCAGUCACUUGGUUCUGUUGUCCAUUCAUCUCCUGUCGGAGCAAAAUACUUGCAAACUUCAACUGCAUCUUUUGCCUCAAAUCAAAUUUUCAGUAAGGCAGCUCAUAUAUCGGCUAGCUCUUUCAUGAUCUCUGCCGCUAAAAGCAUAGAUAGUGGUUCAGCCACGUUGAAUCCAUCCACACUCGUUCUUUCAUCCAUUUCUACGGUAGUAAAUGCAAGUGGAGUUUUAUCUGCUAGCGAAACUGUGAGACCGAAUUUCACAAGUAAUGCAGCUACUCCAGUCUUGGCAUCUUUACUCCCAAGCAUAACAAAGAACAUUGACGAGUCUUUGAAAGUUCAUACUUGUGAGACUUUGAACUGCAAGUCUGGAGGAAUAUGUAGAGCAUUUGGACAACACACUGCAAGGUGUCUUUGUCCGAUAGGAACUGGUGGAAAAUACUGCGAAAGAGCAUCACCGUUCACACAUCCAAAGUUCCAAGGAGACUCGUACAUGAUGUUCCGUAAAGUCAUUCAUAAAAAGAAGAAUUGGAGACUCUCCAUUGAAUUCAGAUCAGAUCAGCGUAGUGGGCUCUUGGUUUACGGCCAUGCUGCUUUUAACAAUGGUUUCCUCGCAGUAUUGCUCCUAGAUGGCUACGUACAGUUAAGAGCUGACUGCGGAAAAGGCUUCAUGGCACUAACCUGUUCAAGAAGACUGACUUUAUCACAAUGGCACCGCGUAACAAUAAGGAAGUUUGGAGGCAAAUUCCACUUGCAGCUGGAUGACUCUCUUGUAUCCUCCUUUAGUGGAAGUUGUCUUCAAAGAUAUCACAGAUACGACGAAUUCUAUCUUGGCGGGUUAACAGACAGUCAUCUCGAUUUAAAGAAUGUUGGCUUAACACCAGGUUUUUCUGGCUGUGUCAAGAAGUUCAAGGUUGAGGGCAAAGACCUUAUCACUGAAAGCCGAAACAUGACUGGAGUUCAAGGAUCGAAUAUCGGUGACUGCACAAGUGGGUUUUGUUUGGAGAGAAAAUGCUCAAAUAACGGUGUCUGCGUACCUUCUAUUGAGAAUUCAGCAAAUUGUCAUUGUCACCUUGGAUAUUCAAGCUCAAAUUGCUCAACAGCCGCCAAUAUAACAGUCCCACAAUUCAACGGUCCUGGUUUCAUGCAGUUCGAAGGUCUCCUAUCCGGUGCUUGGUCUACGCUAGAUAUUGAAGUAGUAAUUAAACCACAGACUAAGAAUGGACUUGUAUUAUUCAAUGGAGAUAGACGGGAUGGUCAUGGUGAUUUCGUUCUCUUGGCUUUGCGAAACGGAUCAGCAGAGCUGCGAUAUGACUGUGGAACUGGGGAGGCGAUCAUAAAGAGCCAGCGGCAACUAGUGAUGAACAAAUGGUACCAUAUAAAGGUGGUGCGAAGAGGUAGAACUGCUAAUCUGUCUGUUGACAAUGAUGUCCCAGUUACUGGCAACUCGAAAGGUCCAUUUCAGAUGCUGAAAUUGAGAGAACCUUUGUUUAUUGGCGGCACAAACGAUUUUUCAAGCAUCCCAAUUGCAGCAGAGGCGCACACGCAUUUCAAAGGAUGUAUUGAAAAGAUCACAAUAAACAACAAGUUGCUAAAAUGGGACAAAGCAGUUAAAGGCAGGGAUAUCUCUAAUUGUGAGGCACAUGAAUGUCUCGCGAACACCUGCUCAAAACAUGGCAAAUGUGAAUCGUACAAGGGUGAAUCAUAUUGCCAUUGCUAUUUAGGAUACAAUGGGAAGUCAUGUGAGAAAGGAACCAAAAUCAGCAUUCCAAAAUUUAACGGCCAUAGCUUCUUACGAUUUCAAGAGAAAGAUUUCUUUCUACACAUGUUGCAGCCAAGUUCCUUUUUCUCGCUGGAUUUCAAGUCAAAUGCAUCCAGUGGGUUGAUCUUGUGGAAAGGACAGAAAUUUGGUAUGCUGAAAGGUGAUUAUAUUUCGCUGUCUCUCAUUGAAGGAUACCUCGUUUGCAGGUACAACCUUGGAGGUGGUGACGUUACUCUGAAGUCAGGCAGACGAUUUGACGAUGGACAGUGGCAUCGUGUUUUGCUACUGAGAGAGAGUGGAAAUGGUGAAAUGAGAAUUGAUGAAACAUUAGUUGGCAAUGCGAAGGCUGAAGGAAAUUACAUUAUGCUAAAUACGGAUGGGGAUUUGUACGUUGGAGGUGCAGAUGAUAUUUUCACUACAACUGGCUCGCGCCACCUUCACGGCCUGGACGGGUGCAUACGCAACUUGAAAUUUGGUGAUCACUUAGUGGAUUUGAUUAAGGACGCAGAAAGUGGGCAUCAUGUUGCGCAGUGCACGUGAGGUUCUUUCGUAAAGGUAGAUCAGUGCCAAAUGAUUGUUGGUCGGAAAUAGCGAACGACACUAAACAGAAGCUUACAGAGCGAACACGCCGGUCCUUGAUUCACUAACGGCUUCAAUAGUCGUAGCCAAUCAUCAACUGCCUAACAAAGUUUCAGUUCUUUAGUUUUUGUGUCUCUCACAGAGAAUAGUAUGAGAGUUAAAAUAUCAGAUGACGAGAGUUUCAGAUGAUGAGAAAGUGAAAAUUCACAAAUUAUGAGAUAAAUGUAUCGAUGAUGAAUGAUAUUUAACACUUGUAUAAAUAUAUAUAUAUUGAAAUUAAAUACAUACAAAAAGGGCAUUAAAAGAAUUUGCCUGUAGUUCAGAGGAUGAGGAUGAAAGAAGCUGUUAGUAAUUCUGCUUUUUGAUUACUGCUAGUUUUGUGCCCAUGCUAUUUGAAGAAGUGAAGGGACAUUUUCAUCCUAAACAACCAGCUUUUCUUCUAACAGAUUUAGAAAUCAAUUCCUUUUUAAAGGUGGUGUCCCUUAUCUGCUGCACUUGCUGUACGACAUUGUGCUUCAUCUCCUUCAGUUUAACGAAUAGCAUAGAAAAGCUAAAUUUUGUAUGUUGCUUCAUGGUGAUAGCGCAUCUCUGGUAUAUACUAUGUGUGUAUGUCAAAAAGCUUCCAUAACAUAUUGCUUUAAAGAAAACUAUCGGAUUGUCAUAGCUAGAUUUGCAAAGAAAGAUUACAUAGAAUUAUAUUUCUAUCAGUAAAUGAUUUAUUUGCCACCUAUAGGAAGGACCUUGCACAUGUAAAAGAUAAGAGAAUGGUUAUAAAAUAUCCGUACCUUGGGCAUGCAAGAGCAACAAAGAAUCCUCUGAUGCUGUAAAGUCGUCACAGAGGCCAGGCACCGCGGAGCAGGGGGGGGGCUGGGGGCUGGGGUGCUUUAGCCCCCCCCCCCACUUUUUGCAAAAAAUGCCAAAUAUUGAGUAUCAAACUACCAGAAGAGCCUCUUUUUAAACGGUUCUAGCCCCCCACUUUUUUUAGACCCCCCACUUUUCUCAACGCUCCGCGGUGACUGGAGGCCCUUUCCAUUCGGCUUGCAAACGAGGCGAGUCUUGGUUUUUUCGCUUCGGUUUUCAAGAGUGCUGUUGUCAAAUUAAAAACGAAUGAAACCCUGACUAGUACACUGUUUGUUUACUGUUUACUGUUUCAUGCACAGAAAUAUUGAUUUUGGUUAUAUCUGAUUUAGCUACAUUUAUACUGGCUCUUGGUGAGAAUUGGUAUAAAGACAAUUGCCCUCUUUUCCACCUCCCUGUGGCCCUGUUCAUAUCAUCUCCUAGAGCGAAUUAUACAUUUCACUUUAAACAGUGAAUUAAAGCAUUUUAUGGAACAGUUCUUUUUGGUAUAGAAUCGCAAGUGCUAAACAUCAAACAGCCAAGGGGGUUCUUGAGAUCCCGAGCCAAGAUCUGGUUGGCACUUCUUAUUGUAUGGAAGUAAAGUAAGAAAAGUUCAAAGCAGAACAAGUAACAUGGGAACGAAGUUGUAUCCUUGCAUCGUUUAAUCUUGUGUUGGAAUAUUGGAGAGUAAUGCUAUUCCAUUGUAGAUCUGCUUAGUAAUAUCAGGACCGUUUUAUUUGCCUAGAUUUCUAGAUUUAAUUUUGCGUUAGCAGCUAACAAGAUAAGAGUGGUUUCAUCCGCUCAGUUGCUGCAUCCUCCGUGUAUAUUGAGCAAGAGUUUAUUUAUACGAUUAGUGUAGUUGUACAGAAUAAACCCAAAAGUAUUUUUGUUAAUAAUUUUUGAGACAUUUGCAAUAACAAACUCAAUCAAAACGAUGUUAUAUUUCUUCCUAAGGACUUCUUUUCUUAACUCGACCACACUUGACGCUUUAGAAGUCAUAGUGUGUCACCUUAAAAGGGUUACGACGCCAUAAGUUACGAGGCAGGAGUUACGAAGCAAUAACUUAU